AUGUCUGCGAUGCACGGUGCCGCUAGUGCAGACGCUGUAUCAAGCUAUGACAAUGACACUGUGAUGGAGGAUGACGAUGUAGGCCCCGGCAACAAAUCGCCAGCCACACCAUCAGCCGAUUCUCAGAUCGACGCUCAAGACAAUGCUUAUAGCGCUAGCGAGCUCGGCAGUAACAUCGAUUACGAGGCUGUUCUGGAAGGCGAGCUUAGCAAGGCUGAGAUGGCAGCACUCGUAGUCCAACAUGAAGAGGCCUUGGACGAUUCGAUCACUACCAGGACGAGCUUUAUCGGACACUCACUGGACAAGCUUGAUAGAAUUCUGAGCCAGGCUACGGGAACUAUCAAGGCCUCUCAAAACCCCGCUAGACGGAUGUGCGACAUCAGAGACCAUCCCGCCGCCCAAGACCCGAAUAGAAGCUGGCGCAGCUUGCCUCUCAGACGUGUCCGGGAGGACAUGACACAGGACGACUGGGCUCGCUUCACCGAGGACUUCUCGAACGCCGCUGUUGUGGAUGUCGGCAUGAUGACAUGUACUGUCCGAGGCCCGCUGGAACUCAUCGUUGACGAUAUCAAGCGCCGCAACCUGCCACCUGAUCCCUUUGCCCACGAUGAGCAGGAUAUUCGCGAGGCUCUUUCGGGCUUGAGCGAGGAAGAGUUGUUCGAUGAGGAUGCCAAGAUCAGCAACUUGCUCUGCAGGUCUAUCAAUGGCCUCAAGAUCCUCGUCGACGCCCUGAAUGAUCUGCACCAACGCGUCGCCCGCACACGUUGCGAGGUCCACGUCGCUCUUGAUGUCUGUCGACGUACGGACCCACUCUACAACCAGCGUCCGCUGAAUGAGCAACUUGGGAUCUCAAAAUCGCUCCUCAUGCGGGCUGUUUCUGACACGGAGCCCAUACAAACCAACAAGCGACAAAACGAGGCGCUUUGGUCACAGUGUGCGUUCGUGCCUCAGAGCACGCGUCUUACCUUACUUGCGCAGAGCCUUGAUUCCAUUACCCUCGUUCGCAACUCUGCCUUUGCAUUGAGUAGCCACGCGCGUGGAUACGUCGAAAAAGACCAACGUGACUUCCGGCGACGCGAAGACGAGGCGCUCGAUCGAGCUCGGCAGCAACACCCGCGCUACGAAUUCCUCGAGCGUCGUGUCUCUCUACCGGUUGACGACGAAGACUGGUGA